AAACUAUUAGGAUUUAAUAAUCUAGAAAAACACGUGUAGAAGUACUUAUUUUAUCAUUAUUUUUGUUUAAAAUACUAAAUGUAGGAAUAGAUUGUUUAUUUAUUCUUGGAAACUUGCUUCAUGGAAGAAAGCGCCAUCAGUGUUGGAAAAAUAAACAAAAAAAAAUUACGUCUAACGAGAUCUGCUAAUCAACUAAAGGUUUUCAAACUAAAAAAGCGAAGAAAAUGCAAACAUCAAGAAAUAAUUUGUCGCAUACCAUUACCAGUGCCACCUCGAAUAACAGUUUGGUCAAUAUUGGAUGAAGAACAUGCAAUAAAAAUUAAAAAUUGUCCAAUGCCGGUCAGGACAGACAUUAUACGUCAUAUUUGUGAAGUGCUUUAUGUGAAGAAAAAAGAAAGGCGUAUUAUGGCAGAUCUGUAUUACGAAGUAAUGCGUUUUUGUCUAAAGAGAAAUUAUGCUCCUGUGAAAAUAGCAACCCUUUUUGGUAUGUACCACGCUACCCACCAAUUCUACACCAGUUCGUUAUGGCAUGAUUAUGAGGAAACUUACAAUUUUUUCAAAGAAACUGUAUUUGUACAUUCAAUAAAUGAUCCGCCAGAUUCAGUGCAAAUCUUCAGUAUGGUAGAUAUAAAGGCUAUCCUCCAGCGCUUUACUACAUUGUACCUACCUGUUCUACCACUGCUAAGGGAAACCAUUCUUCCAAAUGUAAGGUUGUGGAUGUAUUGGCACGAAUGUAAGCCAGAAACAUAUCCUAUGGAUAAAGAAAUUGAUAUGUGUGGAAUGAGAGUUGAACCUGAUAUUUAUACGGGCCGUUCUGAUUGGGAUCCGUGGGACAUCAUUCCAAAGAAUGAAGUAUUAGAAGAGAAGCAAGAUAGCACCACCUAUGUUUACAAAGUUAAUAAAUUAGAUUUUUCUGAUCUAAGAGGUCUGGACAACUUUGAACUAUUUGGUGAAGAAGAAAAUACCGAGGGUCCAGAGGAAGAGGUAGAGGAAAAAAUUAGUAAACGGCAAUCAGAUAAAAAUGAAGAAUCUGACGAAGAGGAAGAAGAUAAAUCCGAUAAUCAGACUGAAUUUCAAGAUACAGUUGACUAAUUAAGUAUACACAUGUAAUUUAUUUUUCAAAUAAAUCAAAUGUUCAAUAAAA